UUAAACAAAACAGAAGCUAUGCAGUCAAAUUGCACCCUCAGCUCCACCCUUACCACUCAGGGGUGUGAGUGUAUUUUGCUGAUCAUAGAAUAAUAGGGUUAACUCGCGAAUACAUGAACCGUAAUAUGUAUUUGUCAUUUUUGACACUGAGAUUUCAGUACGGUACAGAGGCGUACCGAGUUCCCAUGCCGAAAACAUUCAUAAUGAAGUUAGAGCUGCAAUGAUUAAUCGAUUAAUUGAUAAUUAAUCAUUAUCCAAUUAAUCAACAACCAUUUUGGUAAUGAAUUAUACUGUAACUAUGCUGAUUUCAGCCGCUCAAGUCUUACCAGAUUUUAAUUUCGUUAGUCAUUCUUCAUGUUUCAGGGAAAACCAAGACAGUCACACACAUCAGCUUUGACUUUGGAAAAGAGCAAUCAACAUUCUUGCCUCUGUCUGAUAUCCUGCAAGGCAAACCACUGCAAACCGUGUGCAACCCAAGUGUUAUAAAGUCCGGCCCACUAGUUGUUCCACAGUUUAAUAACCUUGAACAUACAAGCUGGCGUGUGACACACAACCUAACCUACCCACGCAUGAUCUUAAAAAUACGAUUCAUGUUGGAAAAACCCUCCAGUGUGGCUGAAUUACAACAAUUCUGCAAUGAUGAGCGAACCCAAAUCCCUCCACAGCACAACUCAUUGUAUGUUAUCCCAAACGCUUGAUUGCAGUUGUUGCACACAUGUCUUGAUUGUUUCAUUAUUAUCUUCAACACUAAAAUUGUAAUGAGAUGUGCUGGUAAGUGGUGAUAGCAUGCAAUUUUUAGAUCACUGCUAUCCGCUAGUUAUCCCAAACGCUUGACUGCAGUUGUUGAACACACGUCCUGAUUGUUUCAUUAUUAUCUUCAACACUAAAAUUGUAAUGAUGUGCUGGUAAGUGGUGAUAGGGUGCAAUUUUUAGAUCACUGCCAUCCGCUAGUUAUCCCAAACGCUUGAUUGCAGUUGUUGCACACACAUCUUGAUUGUUUCAUUAUUAUCUUCACCACUAAAAUUGUAAUGAGAUGUGUUGGUAAGUGGUGAUAGGGUGCAAUUUUUAGAUCACUGCCAUCCACUACUUAUCCCAAACGCUUGAUUGCAGUUGUUGCACACACGUCUUGAUUGUUUCAUUAUUAUCUUCACCACUAAAAUUGUGCUGGUAAGUGGUGAUUGGGUGCAAUUUUUAGAUCACUGCCAUCCACUACUUAUCCCAAACGCUUGAUUGCAGUUGUUGCACACGUGUCUUGAUUGUUUCAUUAUUAUCUUCAACACUAAAAUUGUAAUGAGAUGUGCUGGUAAGUGGUGAUAGGGUGCAAUUUUUAGAUCACUGCCAUCCGCUUCUAAAUGCGAUCCAAGCUGUAAGAGAAACCAACCAGUCAGGGUAAUGAAUUGUUCUGUCCAACAACAAUUAGGGAAAUUGAAACUGUCACAGCACACGUAAUUAUGUAAACGUCACAUACGAUAUUUGUACUGUUUUGAUGCCUGGCAUAUAUUUUGUUCCGUAUCAAUGCACACUUGGACUCAAGAGUGUAUGCAGGUCAAAUACUGACGUGUGUGGAGUGUAAAUAUUUUUCACCUGAGUGUAGCAACGGACAUGUGCUGAAUGUUCAACACACAAUGGCAGCACGCUAUCAAGAUGUACGUAUGGUUGCCAUGUUUUAACCUACUUUUUUGGAAACAUAGUUUUUUUGUUAUUUGGCUACAUUUUCCCUCUUAUGAUAUUAUGUUUAGGAUUUUUUUCGUGGUGUCUGUAGGAGGGUUAUACUUAGCAUGGACAACAAGCAGAAAUAUGAACACAUAACACACGCUUAUUUUACUGUGAUGCACCUGGAUACAUUUCACAUAUAAACACUGAAAAUUGCCUAUUUACAAUCCAAAGCCACUGUUACAUGUGGACUUGGGCUGGACCCCAGAUGCAGAGGAAGGAGGCGGUGUGCAGGUAAAAUGCAGGCUUUUGGGGGCUAAACAACAAAAGCGGGUGGUGUACAUCAGACGAUAUAGGUGCAGAGAGGGUUGCCAAGUCUGCUGGUCUCACCACAGUUUUGUAUACAUUUUGAUGCCUUAUAGAGGUUUUAUAUAUUAACAUAAUCUUUGUAUAACUACUCUCUAGUUCACAAGUUCAUUCCAGAAUUCUCACAAAUUGAAGUAUGCUUCACUGUUUUUGUCUCUCGUUGUUUGACUUGUUCACACCUUAAAUAGACACGAGUGGUUAAAAUCUUGUUAAAGCAGUGUGUCACUUGAAGGACAUAACAAUAACAUCAUGAAAAGCUGCUGCAUCGAUUUCAUUCCAACGAUACCUCAUGAAGACCAGAACAAAAACUACAGUAUUAUGUUAUCAUCUUGGAAAAACAUACAUAAAACCGGUUGAAUGAGAUAAGUGUUGUAGGUCACCAACCUCUGAAAGGCCCCUUUCACGAGAACCAGGAAGUGGGUCAAAGGUACCAAGCUGGAGGGGGAGGAGCCUGAGCAAUGAUUGACAGAGCCACUAACAGAUGUCCAACUGAGACUUUGAAGUGGGCGCUGGUGUUCAUCGCCCACGGAGCUGGGGAACACUGUGGUCCCUAUGACGAGAUUGCAGAGACACUAAAGGAGGAGAUGUCCCUGCUGGUCUUUGCACACGACCACGUCGGCCACGGUCAGAGUGAAGGAGACAGGAUGAACAUCAAGGACUUCCAGGUCUACAUCCGAGACUCAUUGCAACACAUCGACCUGAUGAGGUCUCGUCACCCUGACCUGCCAGUAUUCAUUGUGGGCCAUUCCAUGGGUGGAGCAAUAUCCAUCCUCGUUGCCUGCGAGAGACCUACUGAUUUUGCUGGAGUGGUUCUGAUUGCCCCGAUGGUCCAAAUGAACCCAGACUCAGCCACGCCCUUCAAGGUUUUCCUGGCCAAGAUUCUGAACCAUAUGCUACCUAGCUUGACUCUCGGUUCCAUUGAGUCCAAAUGGGUCUCACGGGACAAGAAGCAGGUGGAGGCCUACGACACGGACGAGCUGAACUUCCACGGUGGUCUCCGCAUAUCGUUCGGCAUGCAACUGAUGGGGGCGGCGGCUCGCAUCGAGAGGGCCAUCACAUCCGUCAGCUGGCCCUUCCUGCUGCUGCAUGGUGACGCCGACAAGCUCUGCGACAUCCGAGGCUCCAAGAUGAUGUUCGAAAAAGCUCCCAGUUCGGAUAAGAAACUCAAGGUGUACGAAGGCGGCUACCAUGCUCUUCACCACGACUUGCCUGAUGUGGUGGAGUCCGUACUGAAGGAGGUGACCAGCUGGAUUCGAGAGCGCCUUCCCGAUACCACAUUGCCGUCACCACAAGGCUUGUAGACUUAACAACCAUGAAGGAAACUGACCACCGCAGCUAAGCUAAAACAAUACUAGAACAUUCUCCUCUUUCGGGGAGAAUACUCCACUCUCUUUGCCUCUUUAUAGCUCAUAUUUUCUAGUUGUUUCUUACGAAUACUGAGUUAAUCAGCUAGACUGGUUGAAAAUGAGUUCAGAAGUAAGUUGAAGUUGUAGUAUGCUCAGGUUCGUCGUGCAAUAAUGACGUUUCACAUUUCAUUCUCCCCAAAAUGAUGUGAAAGAAUGUUUCACCAUAACAUUAGACACUGCCAGCACACAAAUAUCGUUUAUAUUUAAAAUAGUUCUAAAUGAAAAUGUUACCACUUUCACACAGAGAUCCCGCUGCAACAGACGUAACAAUAAAUCCGCCUGUGCCUUUUACACAGGCAACACAGCCAAUCAAAGAGGCCAAAGUUCAAGAGUUGAAAAGUGCUCCCCAUUGUGUUAUUUCACCUUUAGGGUCAAACUUUAAGCACAGGCCCAUAUUUCUUGUGUAAAAAAAAAAAAUAUUGCCCCCAUGACUGCUGCGGACAAUAGAGUUAGCUGGUUCACACGCUAUCAACUUUACUCUCGGUGUAGUGGUUAAGUAUCUACAGGACAGACUGAGAUGCUAAGUGUUGCAUGGAAGAUUAGACAUCUGUGUGACAAGUGCCCCAUUCGCAAUGUCACAUGUCUUCUAUUUCAUAUACGUUGACUCCAUGCCACUCCAUGUUUUUUUUUUAACAACCUGUUGUUUACAGAAAGUGCCAUUGCCAGCAUAGAUGGCAUGAGGGCAUUUUGCUGCACAACAUUCGCAUUAGGGUGCAGGAUGAUGGAGGAAAAGGGCAGGAAAGAGACCGAACGAUGCACUGGCUGUAACCAUGGCAGCACCUUUUAUGUUUGUUUUUUUUCUUUUUAAAUGUAUUCCAAUAAUUGUGGAGCAUGUGAAACAGCAUGCUGUUAUUGGGGCCUGAUCUGUCCUAAGUUAUAAAUCUACAUUUCUGACUCCCAAAAAGAUGCACACAUGUCUGAUCUCGGUCUGUAAUCAGCUACCGUGUCAUGUAUUUGCUGGUCAUCAGCUGUUGCUAAGCAGAAUUUGCGGGGCUCAGUUAACUAGGUAGCAGGCGGCAGCAACAAAGGAAAUCAUUGGUUAGGUCACAUAUCUGAAUGGUCACCUGUUGCUAGGCAGAUUUUGUGGGGCACAAUGAGCUAGCGAGCUGGUGUAGGUGUAUUGCAGUGGUAUGGCGGAGUAUUAGUGCCACAUUGAGAUUAAUAAUAAUCUGAGAUUUUGACAAAGUCGUAAAUUUAUGACAAAAAACUUAAAUGUUACAAGAAUAAAGAUGUAAAUUUACAAUAACAAUGUCCUAACAUAAAGUCUGUACAUUUUGAAGAAAAAACUCACAUGUAUGAAGUCAUAAAUUUACAAUUUUAUCCUCUUCAAUUUACGACUUUAUUCUCGUAAAAAAACACGUAACAUUCCGAGAAUAAAGUCUUAAAUUUCACAGGAAUAAAGUUGUAAAUUUACGAGAAGAAUGUCAUCUUUCCUCUUGCUUGAGGCAAGCUUUUAUUUAUAACAUGGCAGCAAAACGGAGCAGUUGAGCACAUUAUCAUUCUCGUAAUAUCAAUACUUUUUUUUCUUGUAAAUUUAUGACUUUAUUCACGUAAUAUCAACACUUUUUCCUCGUACAUUUCCGACUAUAUUCUCAUAAUAUUACGAUUUUUUUUCUCAGAAAUUUAUUACUUCAUUCUCAUGAUAUGAAGAUUUUUUUCUCGUGCAUUUCCAACUUUAUUCUCAUAAUAUUUUUUAAAAAUUCUCGUAAAUGUAUGACUUUAUUCUCAUUUUAUAAUUUUUUUCUCAUAAAUGUACGAUUUUAUUGGCAUAGAUUUCUGACUUUCAAAGUCUCCGAUUUUUUUUGUGGCCCCAAUAUAAUACAAAAUAUUGCAUAUUUGUAUGGUCAUUUUUUUAGGCAGCGCUGCAGCAAUAUGGGAUAAAAAUGAAGGUUGCAUAUUUGUGUGCUUUGUGAGCCACAAUUACCUUUUGCGAGCGGGCAGAGGAACAGAGAAAGAAAUUAGUCAUGUCACAGUUUGGUAUACACACGAGUUGCUAGGCGGAAUUUAUGUGGUGUCAUAAUUGGGCCAUGCAAGAUUACUAUUGCAACAACACACCAAAAGUAGAGUAAAAAUAAUCAGUCUCACAACCUUCAAUUUGAAUAUUUACAUAUUCUAUUCAAGUACCAAGAGAUGUUUCUUUUUGAACCACAGCACCAUCUGCUGGCUAGGUUGCGGCACUGCUCCACUUAAUUCAUGUAAGAUCACUACUGCAAUGUUGACAUCCAAUGUAAUACUACUGUAUACUUUUUACAAGCAUGCUCUAUUUGCAGUUUGCUGUGCAUCUAUAUAUUUAUAUAUUAAGUUUGUAUAUAGAUAGCGCACACAAUUCCAUACAAUAAUCAGCAUGACUGUUACUAUCUAUAUCUAGAUUCCAACAGUAGGUAAGAAACGUUUUAAGUGGGUGGGGGAAAUGUUGAAUGGUGCAGAUUUUUUCUUUUUAUUUAAAUCACCAUGACUUUACGACUGUUCCUUAAAAAAGAAUGAUGGACCUUGAUGUGUUUGUAAAUGUAUUCAACUGAUCUAGGCUGUGAAAUUUUAUUAAUUCCUGUAUUUCUCCGAGAAUCUAAAAAUGUACAAUAAUUUAGCAUCUCCGAUGAGGCAUUUAUGAAGCCUUUUUCGACAUUAUUUCUAUAUAGUGAGUGAUUUUUGAAAGCAUAUAAUAAAAUAUUGUACUAUAUAGCAUUGCUUAUGAAGAAUAUAGGCUGUUGGAGUUACAAAUGUACAUAACGUGAUGUAUACUGAACACACAUUCAGGACAAUGAACUUUUUUAUACCUUAUUAUAUCACUUAUAACUUUUUAACAUGGGUUCAAAGUUAGUUACAGUCCCAAAAAUGGAAAAGCUUCUCUUGUGAGUUUAUUGUAACAACACUGUGUUGAAUUAAUCAUAACAUUUUGCAUUUUAUGAUUAAAAACAAUAAAUGUUUCUGUCCCUGGCAUGUUUACCAGCAUUUUGGGACAUAGUAAGAAUACUUUGUUAUCUCCACUGCAUGUAUAUGAUGAUGUAUAGGGUAUAGGCCGCUGAUUGGGCCUCACUAGAUUCCUGAAAAUAGUUUAUAUAUUUUCUAACAUGCCUACCUGCUGUAUGUUAACAUGGGCCUUAUAUUGUAUUGUUUUGUUUGGAGAUUGUAGUAUCUAUAUCGUGUUGUUUGUGCCUUAUUGAUAUAACGCCAUGACCAAGAGUGGGAGCUGGUUGGUGCAAUAACAUGUGGGACUCCAUCAGGGUGACCAACAUUGUAGAGUUAAUAAAGAAUAGAGUUAAUAAUUGGUUUGUCUGUCUGUUGAAUAAACAGCACUUUUACUCAAAA